UACUCGGAGUCGUGAUGAGCAGAUCCGACGGACCGACGCUAUACGGCGACGCACCGCGAUCCAAUCGUGACGCCCCCUCAGAAUUUUAAAAGCCUUCCUUUUGAAUCCUGAUUCAUUUUCCUGAUCUUGUUCUCACUCUUCUUCCAUCCUCUAUCCUUUUUAGGUAAAACCUUUUCUUGUCCAAAAACCCUAAUUUCACUUUUCUCUUGUCUUUCUCCUGCGUAUACUCUUCUUCGUUUGGCCGCCCACAACAUAUUUUCAUAUACUCGUCUUAUUCAGUUCAUGCUCUUGGUUUCACAUUUGAAGGUAUUUCUGGUGAUACAGUUAUCAAACCUAUUUCGACGGAGAUUUCAUUUCCUUUAUUGAACAUGGAAGCUGAGGUCAAGGAACAUGGUAACUCUGAUUGCGGGUUGCAUGAAGCUAAUUCUGAAACUUGCAAUUCUGGAGGUAAAAAAGACGAAGUAGAUGGAGGCAGUGUGGAGCUUAGUGAAAGCAUGGAGCUUAGUGAAGGUGGUGUUGGAAAUGAAGAUGGUUGUGUUGAAUCAGAUCGGCUUAAAGAUACUGUUGAUGAGUCAUCUGCCGUGCAAGUGCAUGUUAAAUUGGCUGAAACUGUUACAGUUGUUGAAGAGGGUCCCAGAAACUUCAGCUCGGAGGUGCAUGCUGAAAAUGUUAGUUUCAGUGUCCAAAAUGAAAGUCUCAUCCAAAAGAAAUCAUUGGAUGAUAUUUCUAUAACUGGUGUUAAGAGAGCCCGGAAGACAAUUGAUGAUCAGCAACCAUCUGUGCAUGUUAUCUAUAAUUCUUUAUCAAGGGCUAGCAAACAAAGGCUACAGGAACUAUUAAAGAAAUGGUCAGAGUGGCAUGCUGAAAAUUGUUCUUCAGCUCAGGAUCCAGAUCAAGUUCUUGAAUCUGGUGAAGAGACUUAUUUUCCGGCUCUGCGUAUUGGAGUGGAGAAGUCCUCCGCUGUAUCAUUCUGGAUAGACAACCAAACCAGUAAUAAGCUGAAUAGGGGAUUUCUUCCAUUGGAUGGUAGCAGUGUGCCCCUCUAUGAUCGUGGAUAUGCUCAAGGUUUGACUUCAGUAGAUGGUUCAAGUAAUUUAGAGGGAGGCUUGGAGAUCAUAGGUGAUGCUUCCCGUUGCUUCAAUUGUGGUUCUUAUAAUCAUUCUUUGAAGGAAUGCCCAAAGCCACUUGAUAGAGUUGCCGUGAAUAAUGCACGAAAACAACACAAGACAAAAAGAAAUCAGAAUCCUGGAUCUCGUUUGCCAACUCGAUAUUAUCAGAACUCUUCAGGUGGAAAAUAUGAUGAUUUAAAGCCAGGUGUUCUUGGUGCUGAAACAAGGCAACUUUUGGGACUUGGGGAGCUUGAUCCUCCCCCUUGGCUAAACAGAAUGAGAGAGAUUGGUUAUCCACCAGGAUAUCUAGAUGUAGAUGCAGAUGAUGAAGAUCAGCCAUCGGGCAUUACAAUAUAUGUUGAUGGGGAAGUGAAGGAAGAAUGUGAAGAUGGGGAAAUUGUUGAAAGAGAACAUCCUGAACUAGAGAGGAAGAUGACUGUUGAAUUUCCAGGAAUAAAUGCACCAAUCCCAGAAAAUGCUGACGAAAGGCUUUGGGCACCUGGGCCAUCAGGUUCUGAUCCAUCUCGGAACCGAUCACACCACAGAUUGAAUAGUUCUUCAGAAGCUAGCAGCAGAGAGCAUCACCAUGAGCGAAGGUGGUCUGGGGAUUACAGAGAUGAAGGACCUCCUGGUGUUGAUCCAAUACACAGCCCUUCCAGGUCUAGUUAUCCUCCAAGGUAUCAUGGAGGGUAUGAUUCUGGUUACAGUUCGUACAGUCCAAGAGACAAUUUUCCAAGACCAAGAAGUCCUACGCUAGGGAGGUCACAAUCUGACAGAGGGAAAAGAAGCCCUUUGGUGCAUGAGGAUUUUGCUGCUCGUGGUUUGCAUAAUUCGUCCCCGUACUCGUCAUCUAACAGGUAUGCUUCACCUAGAGAUCAUGGCUCGUCCAAAUAUGACAAAGAUAAUUAUGAUGAUCGGGAUUAUGAUGACCUAGAUUAUCACAGUAGAGAAGAUUAUGAUUUAGAUUCUUGGCAUCGCCAUCGGAGCUGGAGGUGAAUGGCAUCAUGUGACAGUAAUAUGAGUUGUCACUAAAUUCGCUGAAUAAAUAAUGAUUAUGGGCAUCAUGUGCCAAUAAUUAUGAUUUAGGCUUGGACCUGCAAACCCCCUUUCUAUCCAAGGGAAACAUUGAAGGCAUUCAUGUAACAUUUGAAGAUGCUUUUUCCUAGCAAAUCCGCAAUGGAUUUAUUUCUCACCAACUAGGAGGAAUGCUGUUGUGCGAUGAAUUGCAUAUGGAUCAUUGUGAAGUUAGAUUGUGUUAUCAUGUUUUGUUUCAUAUGAUUCUCGUGUUGGCGCUCUUGUAAUGUGAUUAAGAUAUAAUCGGAUCCAUAUUCUUGGUGCAUUCUCUA